AUGGCGGACGCAUCAUGUAGCGGUGGAACCCCUUUCAAGCGGCUUAUUGACCAUCAGGCUCGCGAUGUUAGCCAUCACCAGGACCGACUUGUCGACCGCGCUGGUCCCCAAGGCCAUGCUUCCUUCAGAUCUACACCACAGCAAAUGCAAGGUGCAGAUGGUUUCGGCGCGUUCAUGAAUGGUUCCUCAACUCUACCAGGAGUCCCUCAACAUCAUGCAGCAGGAAGAUUAGCUGCCCACGCUGCCGUCCUGGAGCAAGGACACUCGCCUGCAUUUCGCGCUGCUCAACCACAACAUUUCCAACCAGGGCAUCACUCUCCCUCAGUUGAUGUAAGCAACUGGGCGGCUGACUUCAACCGCUUCUCAAACCAGCCACAGCAACGACAGCCUCUCCAAAAUGGCUUUCCGCAGGCUACCCCUCAAAUGCACCAGCCAGCUCCCCAGAUGAACUUCCAAGCCGCCUUUGUGCAACCCAACACUGCCUUCGCGCCUAUGUAUGGUCAAGUCAAUGGCCAAGCCAACGGUGUUUUCAUGAACGGCAACCCAGCAGCAACACAGGAGGCAGGUUUCGACGACGAAAUGUCAAAGUGGAUGGCAACCAACGGUGGAGGUGGAAUGGAAGAGGUAGACGCCAUGAUGGACCAAAUGGCUCGUGAACUGGAACUCAACGACGCAGCAAUAGCCCAGGCUGAGGCCCAACGAGUCUCAGAGCAAGAAACGGUUGAUGAGCCGACAUUGGAGGCGAAUCCAACCAAGCUUGCGACUCCAGAUAUUGCCAGUCUUUCUCUCGAAACAGAAGAACCUGUAGUAACGGAACCUAUCGAGGCCGCAAAAUCAAGAUCAGAAGUUGCCGAUGCAGCUGAGCGUCUCCUCGAAUCAGUCGAACACGAGGAUGGCGAAAAGUGGAAGAACUCCGUGUUUCUUUCUCUCAUGCGAGACUUCCGAGAUGGACGAAAGGAUAUUGUCGACAAUGAGAUUCGCGAAACACCGGACAAUGACGCAAACGCUUUAGGGGAGACUCAGUGA